UCGUAUGGUUUACGUGGAGCGACGACAAACCGCCAAGUUGCAAACUGAUGCAAGGUCUUUGAAAAUAAAUAUUUUAAUAGAAUGUAAAACGGUGAAGUUAAAUGCGCUGGUUCUGUCUAAUAAUAGAUGUUAUUUUUAAAAUUUAGCUCUCCAAAAUAAUUAAGAUCGAAACAACUGUCACUCGUUGUGUGCAUCUAGUGAUCCCAACUCGAACGUUCUAACCAGGGCUGUUCAUGAGUCAGAAUGAGCUGGAUUUCGACAUUGUUCAAGACCAUGCACUUGACUGUCUUGCUCCUUGCUUGUGCUCUUUCUCUGUAUACUUUGAGUGCUAAAAGUGAGGUGCCAUCCGAUUCACAGGAAAAUCAAAGCAGCAAGACUGGAGCGCUGAGCAUUGUUCCAAGUGAAAACACAGACGAUGACGAUGGUAUUGUACAAGUAGAUACAUCCGAGGAAAUUGCCAUUGAAAAUGCUGAGAAAUUCAUUCCCACUAAAGAAUGGCAAAAGGUUAAGAAAGGUCAAGCCAUUCCCAAGGGUCUUCAUGUCCGAAUGAAUAUUCAGACUGGUGACUUGGAAGCCAAGUUAAUGGAGGAGGAUAACACUGAUGCACCUUUGAACCCUGGAAAUGGAAUUCACUUGAAUAUUGAUACGAGUCAGGGCACAGAACAGGUGGAUAAUACCAAAUAUACUCUGGAAGAGCUAAAGGAAGCAGUUAAGACCAUGAAAUCAGAAAAUAUACAGCACAUGGACAUGGAGACACUGAAGGAAAAGAAAAAAUUCCGAAGCUAUGAAGAUUUGAAGAAAGCCUUUGAGGAAAUUAAUGCAUCUAUAAAAACUGAUGCAGAGAUUGUGACAGAGCUUGUACAAGAGUUCCAAGGUGUGUCACAAACUGAAGAUGAUGUCUCUAGUAUUCUGAAUCAACUGGAAUACUACCUCCACCAGAUUGACAACGCAAUGCUUUUUUGCGAUCUUGGAGCCAUGCCACUGCUUCUAAGGUGUCUGAACAACACCAGGGACACCGUGCGUUCUGAAGCUGCACUAACUCUUGGCUCUGCCCUGCAGAGCAACCCAAAGGUCCAAGUUCAGGCAAUUGAAAGUGGUGCCAUGCGGGAUGUUCUUCGCGUGCUAGCCACUGACCCUUCUCCUGCUGUGCGCAAGCGUGCUUUGUUUGCGCUUUCUACAAUGAUUCGCCAUUUCCCAUUUGCACAGAAACGUUUUGUAGAACUUGGUGGACUUUCAGUGCUGGGGAAACUCUUUGAGAGCGACUCAGCAGAAAACCUUCAAGUUCGAGUAGUUACUUUGCUCACAGACCUGGUGAAAGAAAAGGAUUUGCAUACUGAACACUCGGAUAGAGAAGAUCCAACACAAAUGGAGAGACUCCGACAGUAUGGGGAGAUUAAUCUUCAAAAGGCCAUGGUGGAGGGCGGCUGGUGCCGGUAUCUCCCCGCCCUGCUUCGUCUGCAAGACCACGACAGCCGCGAGAAGGUCAUGGUCGCCAUGGACACGCUGCUUCCCGACUGCUCUUCGACCUUUCGCUCGGCCUUGCCCUUGUUGAGGUCACUGCAGGCGGAGUACGAGCGGCUGUCGCAGGAAGAACAAAAGGAACAGCAAGGGGACAUGUACUUCCAGGGUCUGUUGGCCACCACCUCCGGGCUCAUACAGCACCUGAGUGAGGCCAGAGAGGAGCUUUGAUGAGCUGGACAGAUAAGCUGUGACGUGCCGACUGUGGAGCCGUCGUGCCACCCAGUAGGAGGGUGCAACACGCUGCUGAAGAGGAGAGGCGAAGAAACCCCGACCCAAGAUGAGAUGGUGCUGUUAUAUGUUAGCGACUGCGCUACACCAACAGGUUGGGACUGGUCCGUUGGAGGUUUCAGCUUGCUGUCAACUACCAGGGUUUCUUUUUUCUCUUUUUUUUUUUUUUUUUACAAGAAAACCGUGUUUGCGUGGUGUGUGCGCGUAACACUUAAACUUAAAACAUAGAAAAUACAUUCCACACGUUUAAUGGUUUAAAGCAAAAGCCAACAUACAGUAUAAGUAUGUGUGUUCAUGAAAGACUGAUGUGGCGGGUUUAUGCAAUUUAUUUGCCACUUGACUCGUAACUAUGACUGCUCAAGAAUUAUUAUUAUUGUUGUUUCAAUCUUUGCUUGGAAUAUGACGUAUUAUUAAAAUAUAGGUAUUGGAAUUCUGUAUAUGAAAACGUUGAAGUAGUUGACCAGCUACACACUGGGAAAUGUUUAAAACUACAGACAUUAAAGGAUAAUGCCAUCAAA